AUGGCUCCGGACUCGUGGUCCGAGGCCGAUAGCAUAUCUCAACAUUCUUCCAUGUCGCAUCAGGAUGAUUCGCUCGAUCGUCAACUACUCCGCCAUCUUAUGCGCCGCUAUGGUCGCGAAGGUGUCGCCCAGUUGAUGGACGAGGAGGCAACCUCGCCUGCCAUCUCUCUCAACGAUGGAGCCUCAGUCAUCUCUUCAAGUACCUAUUCCUCGGUAAAGUCCGAGGAUGCCGCCAGCCUCUUCGAUACAGCCAGCGUGCGAACCUUUUCCUCCGAUAACUCUUCUGUCCGCGGCAGCAUCAUCUCCAAUGUGUCAGCACGCACUGCCAAGCUACUUGGUCGCAAAUCGAAUCAGUCUACUCGCCCUUCUACUUCGCAGUCAACACAUCGAGAGGAAGAGGCCGCGACGACCCCGUCAGGUGAUUCCGCAACUCCGGCUCCGCACGCACCCAAACAAAAGGGUUCCUUCACAUGUGGCUUCUGCAGGGAAGAAGACAUUCAAAAGACGUGUACGCGUAAGAAUGACUUGAAGCGUCAUAUCGAGGACUUUCACAACACCAAUGCCCAGUGGUUCUGUCGUCAUUCGGAUUGCAACAUGGUUUUCGACUGGCAGACGGCGUACAAGACCCAUCUGAAACAGGCCCACGGUGGCUCUCGCAUGACUCUCGACGAAGCCAAGGUGAACUUGUGUCCCCAGACCGUUUUUGCCUGUGGCUUCGAAAACUGCCCUCAAGUUUUUGAGGCUCCCAGCGACGACGAUGUCGACUCGACCUUUAAGGAGUUUGUGGCCCACGUGGUGAAGCAUUUCGACGAAGGAUCCAACAGUGGAGAGUGGACAUAUUCUGGAAGGAUGCGGAAUCUGUUGAAGCAGUCAGGAUUGGUGCGAGCUUGGGCGAACUCUUCAUGGCCCGAGGAAGAACGAAAUCGUUUGCAAUGGCAUCCCCAGUCCAGUGGCAUCCUGCGGAAACGACUCGAAACGCGGCAUCUGGGCGACCUGCAACUCAUGGUUCAAUAUGCCAUUGCCCUCGGUUCGGAGCCGUCCUCCAUCACCAAGUACCGCGAGGACUUUAUCAACCCCGUCAAGGACCAGUGCCGCCAACCAAUUCCAGGACACAAGUCGCGGGCGCCUCCUCUCCCACCUUCGGGUCCCUCACCUGAUGCCGAUCAGUAUCAGUUCCGCAUUUCUCGGGGGACAAACCCCAACUUGGCAGCGUAUCUGGCUUCUCAACGGCGUGUCUAUGUACCACGCCCUGGUCCAGUUCGCUCCGGUCGUUCCGCCCGGCCACCUCGGCAUACGAUGCCUGCGACAACGGCAGCUCCGGCACCUAUGCCGCAUCACUUUCAGUAUGCAAACAUACCCCAGGCGCAGAUGUACGACCCUCGGCAGCAGCAGCAAUUUGCUAUGAUGCAGCAGGCCACAGGGGGUAUUAUCGCCGAGGAUCUCCGAAGCCUUCGGUCUAUCGCCAACAGCAUGCCUGAGCAAGACAUCGACAUGAACGAUGCCGACAUGAUGGACGCUGGAUUCAUGCAGGAGCCAGCCUUUUCGGCUCCUUAUGACCCCCAGAGCAUGACGACCUCGGCAUCUGAUGCUUCAUGCCUUACUCCUACUACCCCUAUAGGUCAGCAAAUGUCGUUUGGAGGCUAUGAUUCUGCAUAUGCCUAG